AUUUUCAGAUUUUUAAUGAAACUUAGUCACGAGACUGUGACGAUUGAACUGAAAAAUGGUACUCAAGUCCAUGGAACCAUUACAGGAGUUGAUGUAAGUAUGAACACACAUUUGAAAUCUGUAAAGAUGACGGCUAAGAAUAAAGAUCCGGUGCCAUUAGAAACUUUAAGCAUUCGUGGCAAUAACAUUCGAUAUUACAUUCUGCCUGACAGUUUGCCAUUAGAUACUCUACUGAUUGAUGACACACCCAAGGGUAGAGGGAGAGGGCGAGGAUCAGGUUUAGGUCGUGGUGGUCCAAGAGGUCGUGGCAGAGGUGGACCAAGAGGUGGAAGAGGUGGUGCCAGAGGAAGAAGCAGGGGAGGUGGUGGUGGUUCCAGGUGGUAA